GGCAAAGUUGCCGGUUUGAAACCCGCACCAGACGAAGACUGCCGUGAACGAGAUCGCAUCGCUGCCGACGUAGAGUGGUCAUUCACGGACUCUGCAGGGAAUGGCGUCGGAUAGACUUGCAUGUAUCCAGUCAUGAAGCAGAAUGCGGCUAGUGGGCCCGUGGCUUGCGACGGAUCGACUUCCGUGUCGAGAUGCUCCCAUAACGUGCGUCGCGACGUUUUCGUGGCGACCGUUUCCGCGUCAACAUCCGAGUUGAGAGGCAGACCGGCCUCGGGGUUUGGCGCAGCAGACAUGGGUGGACUCGUGAAGGGGGAAAAGGUGAGAUGGAGACAAGCGGAAGAACAGUUGGUACAUAUUGACAAGCUACGAUUCGGAGGAGCGAAGCCGAGCCCACACGCUGGGCUGUCAAUCCUCGAUGACAGGCACUGCCACGGAUUUGACAUCUUGUAACUUUUUCAUCCAUGCCUCGAGCAACGACCGACAAGUUCCACCGCGCGCACCAGCCAUCCGCAAAAGCCUCGUCAUCAUCUUCCAAGGAUGCGGGCUCAUCUUCCUCGGCCGCCCGCAACCCGAUCUUCAAGACGGAGCAAUUUGGCCAACAUAUUCUCAAAAAUCCGCUCGUAGCUCAAGGGAUUGUGGACAAGGCUGGGAUCAAGCCGACCGACCGAGUCCUCGAAGUUGGACCUGGGACGGGUAAUCUGACCAUGAGGAUCCUGGAACAGGCAAAACACGUGACCGCCGUCGAAUUCGAUCCACGCAUGGCGGCCGAAUUGACGAAACGAGUGCAGGGAAAGCCGGAGCAGCGCAAGCUCGAGAUCAUCAUCGGAGACGCAGUCAAAGCGGACUGGCCGUAUUUCGACAUCUGCAUAUCCAACACGCCGUACCAGAUCUCAUCACCAUUGAUAUUCCGACUACUCUCACAUCGGCCGUUGCCCCGCGUCUGCAUCCUCAUGUUCCAGCGCGAGUUUGCGCUCCGACUGGUCGCGCAGCCGGGGUCUGACCUGUGGUCACGACUAUCCGCGAAUGUGCAGAUGUACGCCAAAGUCGACCACAUCAUGAACGUCGGCAAAAACAACUUCCGGCCGGCGCCCAAGGUCGAGAGCAGCGUUGUGCGUGUUGCGCUGCGCGAUCCGCCGCCCCCGGUCAAGUUCGAGGAGUUCGACGGGCUCAAUCGCAUCAUCUUCAGUCGGCGGAACAAGACCGUCCACGGCAACUUCAUGGCGAAGGGCGUGAUCGAGAUGCUGGAAAAGAACUGGCGGACGUGGUGCGCUGAGACCGACAAGAUGGUCGAGGACGAUGUGAAUAUGAAAGCAAGGAUAGAGAAUACUCUCACGGAGUCGAGCUAUACCGACAAAAGAGCAGCCAAGAUGGACAUCGACGAUCUGCUCAAACUGCUGGCCGCCUUCCAUGACAUCGGUGUCCACUUUGCAUGAUAUAUUACGGGGCGUUACUUCUCUGGGGGUACAUUGAGCUGCUGGGACUGCAACCAAGCAAGUGGGAGACGACGUACUGCCCAUCUUGAGCCACUUGGGUAUCUUCUUCUCGAUGCUCGCCGCUGCCUUGGAUGCGGAGGCCGCGAGGUUGGCUGAAGUGGUGUUGGUGGUGCUGGCUUGGGCUGGCGGGGGAGCGGGCAGGUCGAUGGCAUGUUGCAUGAUUUCGGGUGCCAGAGGUGCCGCAACCGAUAUCCCUAAUCGUUCGCUUGAGUCUCAUACAGUUGGUGUCGUGCAUGUGAAUAGUAGCGCACCAUUCAAUGCCCGAGCCUCCGACUCGUGAUCUGCAUCCUCGAAUCGCAGAAGGAGCACGGACGCCGGCGCGAGCUGGAGGUCGGCCAGCGUCAGAUCGCGGACCUUCACAUCGGAAACUUUGAGAUCGCGUUUCGGGGGCUGGUCUGCAUCGCACAGCGCGUCAGAAACACCCGCUUUUGGGGAACAGAGAGCGUACCGUACAUAGCACGAAUUUGAACGGCUUGACGUCCUCGCGGAGGGAUCCGCGCACGAAGGCGUAGACAGCGCGUAUCUUGCUGCUGGAGGGGAACACCUUCUCGAGCUGCGUGCGGUCGGUGAACCGGAUCCGGAUCGUCGUCUGCCGAUGCACAACGGAGCGCUCAGCAUCGAGACACGAGCACGCGGUAACGAUUGUAGAAGCUCACCGAGGGCCACCGCUCCCGCUUCGC